AGGAAUAAAUCAUUACGAACUUAAGACUAAAUUUAACGAAUUUAGAGAUACUCCCUAAUUUUAUUACUUUCACUUUCACUAGUAAUACACGAUGGACGUGGUAGUUGUAGGUAGCUGCAAUAUAGAUCUUGUGAGCUAUGUUCCAAGACUCCCAGCUGCAGGGGAGACAAUUCUUGGAAGCAAAUUCUCCCAGGGCUUUGGUGGUAAAGGUGCCAACCCAGCUGUGAUGGCUGCCAGACUUGGUGCUAAAACUGCUCUCAUCAGCAUGGUCGGAGAAGAUUCCUUUGGGAGAGAGUACAAGUUAGAUCUCAUAAAAAACAACAUUGAUAUCAGCCAUGUUGGUGCCACAUCAAAGGCAGCCACUGGUGUGGCUCCUAUCUUUGUCAAUGAAAGUGGUGAAAAUUCAAUUGUGGUUGUGAAGGGAGCCAAUGAAUCCUUAACAGUGGAAAACUUAAUGGAAGCUAAAGAUUUAAUUCAAAAUUCUAAAAUCCUUUUGUGCAAUCUGGAAAUUGAUCCCAAGGUGACCUUAGAAGCUCUUAAAAUGGCAAAAUCAUUUAACAUAAGAAGUUUAUUCAACAUGGCACCAGCAACAACAGGUCUGGAUGAGUACUUCCAGUACUGUGAUAUUCUAGUUAUCAAUGAGUCAGAGGCAGAAAUAAUCACAGGCAUGAAAGUACCUGGAGUUGAAGAGGCCAAAACUGCUGCUGAGUCUGUCCUGGAGAAAGGUUGUCAAGUGGUUAUUGUGACCCUGGGAGAAAACGGUGCUGUUGUGAUGAGCAAGGGAGACAAGGAGGCUGUUCAUGUUCCCACUCCAAAAGUCCAGGCAGUGGACACCACUGGAGCUGGAGAUGCCUUUUGUGGGUCUUUAGCAGUGUUCCUGGCCACCAGACCAGAGUUAGGAUUACAGGAGUCAGUGUACAGGGCUAAUAAGAUCGCGGGAAUUACCGUCCAGUCCCCGGGGACACAGACCAGUUACCCUCAGUGGAAGGACCUUCCCCCUGAACUGUUUGGGGGAGAGAAGUUACUGAAGGAUGGUUAGAACAGACUAUUAAAGAAUAUAAAAUUAUGCAUUUUUAGUCAUGCCAUUGCCAAUUUAAAAAACCGAUAAAUCAUUUUAUAUUAUAGAGAUCAUGUGUUCAUAUCUCAGGAUGAUAAUUUGUUGUUAAGUUUUGAAUUUCUAUGAAUGAUAUUGGUGAUGUGAAUUAGCAUUAUACAGCAUUUCCUGUGAUUAUGUGUUCAUUAAAAAUUGGACUUUAUUUGCUAUAUAUUUAAUGCAUGUUUUGAUUUUACUGCAAGAUGUAAGUUUAUUCCUACCAAAAAAUGUAUUUAUAUGAAUUUAUCUAUAUAUGUGAUUUUAUAGAAAUUAAUAAAAUCAAAAGCAAA